AUGACUUGUAAUGCUAGAACAACGUAUUGUGAUGCUGCCGUAAAUACAGAACUCAAGACAUAUAUCGAUACUGCUGUCAAUACAGAGAUAAUAACUUAUGAUUCUGUAGAAGUUCAAACCGACCGUAUUGAUAUCAUUGCGCUAAUUUUAGAACAAAAGGAUUCUCUUGAUCUAGACCAUUUGAUUAAAGUCAUAAUGGAAAUACAACAACAAAGCAAAGCCACUAUUGAUGCUACUAACAUCGAUACAACAACAAUCACGACAAAAACCAUUACCACAUUCGAAGAUACUGAAAAUAUUGAAGAAACCAUGCCUGUAUCAUCAUCACAAGAAGAAUAUAAUUUAACUGAUGAUAUCGUUAAUAAAGAAACUCAAACAAAUACCAUCAUAUAUACUACCACCACUAGCAAAGAAAUCUACUCUGAAUUUUCAACAUUAUCACUGACUUCUUCUAACACUAAUGAUUUGAAAGAAGAGGAUAAGUUGGUUUUCGAUGAAAUUAAUAUUACUGAUGAAAUGAGCAUAGAGAUCAAUGAUGGAACAAGCGAAUCUAUUACUGGCGAAAUAAGUACAGGAGUGAAUGAUGAAACCAUCACUGGUGAAAUAAUUAAUAACCUGAAUGAAGUUAUUAUUCCUGAUACAAAUAAUGAAAUAAUUAAUAAGCUGAAUGAAAUUAUUACUCCUGAUACAAAUAUUGAAAUAAUUAAUAAGCCGAACGAAGUUAUUAUUCCUGAUACAAAUAAUGAAAUAAUUAAUAAUCCAGAAGCUAUUAUUGUUGAUACAAAUAGUGAAAUACUUGAUAAAUCAAAUGAACUUAUUAUUGUUGAUACAGAUAAUGAGAUAAUUUAUAAAUCAAAUGAACUUAUUAUUACUGAUACAGAUAAUGAAUUAAUUUAUAAAACAAGUGAAAUUAUUAUUGCCGAUACAAACAAUGAAAUAAUUGAUAAGCCAGAAGUUGUUAUUGCUGAUACAAAUAAUGGAAUAGUUGAUGAACUAGAAGUUGUUAUUGCUGACACAAAUAGUGGAAUACUUGAUGAAUUAGAAGUUGUCAUUGCUAAUACAAAUAGCCUAAUAAUUGAUAAAUCAAAUGAAGUUAUUAUUACUGAUACAAAUAAUGAAGUAAUUGAUAAAUCAAAUGGAGUUAUUAUGGCUGACACAAACAGUGAAAUGGUUGAUAAGUCAAAUGAAGUUAUUAUUGAUGAUGUAAAUAGGGAAAUAAUUGAUAAACCAAGUGAAAUUAUUACGGAUGAUACAAAUAGUGAAAUAACUGAUAAGCCAAGUGAAAUUAUUAUUAAUUAUAUGGAUAGUAAAAUAAUUGAUAAACCAAGUGAAAUUAUUACAACUGAUACAAACAAUGAAAUAAUUGAUGGACCAAGUAGCAUUAUUACUAAUGAUAUGAAUAGUGAAACUAUUGAUAAACCAAGUGGCUAUAUUGCUGAUGAAACGAGUAAUGAAAAGAUUUGUGAAACGAGUGACAAUAUUGCUGGUGAUACCCGUGCUGAAAUAAUUGAUAACUCGAUUGGUGAUUUAACUGAUAAUUGGGGUAGUAAUAAUUUUAGUGUUGAUAAUUGGGGCAAUAAUAAUGGUGAUAAUUGGGGUAAUAAUAAUUUUGUUGAUGAUAAUUGGGGUAAUAAUAAUUUUAUUGGUGACAUGAGUAAUAAAAGUAUUGGUAACCAAGGUGGUGUUGAACCUAGCUCGUUAACCGUUGUUACGAAUAACAACAUUGAAGGUUUAUCUAAUGUUACCGAAAAAAUAGAUGAAGGAUUUGAUGGCAAUCAAGCAUCACAUUCAAAUGACAUAAGUGAAGAAGGAUCGGGUUCGAAUUUAAUGAUGGGAAUUGAUGAAAGUGAGCCGAUGAUUAAAGAAGGACCAGGUUCAUCUUUGGCGAUGAAAGAUAAUGAAAUUGUCUCGACUGAUGAAAAUAUUGCCACAACUCCUCGAUCGAAUAAGUCAUCAUCUCAAAGUAAUAGCAAUGAUGGAUGGGGUCCGGCUGAUAAAUUUGAUGACAAUAAUAGUUGGAAUUGGGAGUCCCAAUCAGCAGCUUAUCAGAAAGAAUUUGAAACAAAAAGUUAUAACAACUAUAAAGCUAGUGACGAUGUUAAUGCAAGUGAUGGUUAUUAUAACAAUGAUAGAUAUAAGACUAGCGAUAAUUGGAAGAAAAAAGCUGCGGAAUUUGAAGCAGAAUUAGAAUUACGAGGAACCGAUAAUUACAAUAAUAAAAAUCAUAGUAAUUAUGUAGAAUCCAAUCACUAUCAUCAUAAAUCUAAUAACAACUACAACCAACAUAAAAAUUCUAAUUAUUAUAACAAUGACUAUAGAAAUCAAUUUCAAAGAGGUGAAUCUAGCAAAAAUGCAAACAACAAUAAUAGAGAUGGUAAUAAUGUCAGAAGAAACAAUAAUCGAGAAUCAUACAGUGGUAGAACAGAAGAUAAUAUAAAUUCAUUCAAUAAAAAUUACAAUCACAAUUACAGCCAUAAUUUCAAUCCCAACAACAAUUAUAACAACUACAAUCACAAUCCAAGCUAUAAUCAUAACAAUCGCAAUAAUAAAAAUUACAAUCAAAAUCCCAACCAUAUCCAAGUUAAUCGUGGUCGUAGUUACAAUCAUAAUGGUAAUUUAAACGGAAGCCCUAAAUUUGCUAAACUAACUGCAGAACGUGUUAGUGUUGGUAGUAACACUAGUGAAGAGGAAUCUGGUAGCAAUGCAAAUUACAGUCGUGUAAACACUUUUUAUGAUUCUGCCGAUUCCAAAUCUAAAUCAAGUGAACAAGAUAACGAUUCUAAAUCAAAUAUUUGCAGAAAUUGUGGUUUGUUAUGUCACACUACUUGUGAUUGCAAGAAAUAUGAAUAA